AUGAAAACGAGGAGGACGUCGGAGGAGAGGGCGCUCUUCAGUAGGUGGUGCACCACGAAUGCUCCGCUGGUCUCCACGCAGUCCUCUAUCAAGAUCAUCCGCCCGCCUUUGCCGUCGAGGGCCUCGUCGAGAAGGUUGGAUGGCGGGGCAAUCGCCAUUAUUAGUAGCUCAAUUCCAAUUUGCGACUCGAUUUGGCUUUUGAAUUUGGAGACGAGGCUCGGAGCCCGACAAAGGCAAGACUUCGUGAAGGUCCUUCACGUCCUCAGACGACUGGUCAAACGUCGACAGCCUGGCAGGGAGACUCUCCACCCGGCGAAUCACACUCAUCUCACCUGUGAUAGAGUGGUGCUGGAACACGCGGUGGCCAGAUUGGUGACCCACUGCGGCAGGAGCUCCAUCUUGGAGGUUGUUAUGUGCGGGAUGCCGAUGAUCGGGUGGCCUACCUACGCGGAGCAGAAAAUGAACAGGGUGUUCAUGGUAGAGAAGAUGGGGGUAGCGCUGCCGCUGGAUGACGGGGACGACGAGUUUCGUGGUGGCGGCGGAGCAGAAGAAAUUUGCAAUUUUACCGAGGAGAAGGCUGAGUCGACUGGUACUGCAAGGUGGCUUCCAGCAUGGACUCGGCCAUUAAUGCCCUCUUUUCCAUCUCGGCCACAGCUGCACUUGCUUCUUCAUACUUUUCCUGAAUUUCUUUUUGCUAAAGCAAUGAGAGAGAGAGAGAGAGAGAGACUUGAAGCAUUUGAGCAGCAUAUCUCUGGGAAGCAGCAUCUUGCUCAGCAAAUAUCCGAGCAUCCUCUGUAA